AUGUUAGAGCGUGUAUUUGGGGAGCUGGACAGGGAUGUUCAGUAUGAGCUCACGGAUGAUGCGAAGGAGCUCCUUCACGUGGUGUGGGAUGCCCAGGUAUUAGCGUUUGCUAACUCUGGGAACUUUAGGGCGCGAGUGCAAGAUACAGGCCUGGUCGACCAGGCACGGUAUUGGAGAGGCCUGGGGCGCAACAGGUCUGGUCGACCAAGCACGGUAUUGGAGAGGCCUGGGGCGCAACAGGCCCGGUCGACCAGGCACGGUAUUGAAGAGGCCUGA